AGCCGCUUCUCGACUCUCGCACCCAGCUCAUCGUGCAUGGUCUUAAGUUGGUGGUCGUCGCGGUGAAUUUUGUGUUCCCCAAAAUAUCAAGCACCAUUUGCGUUUGCUUUUAAUACGCACCUCGAUGAGCUAUGGGAGUCCCAGCAUUCUUCAGAUGGCUGAGCAAAAAAUAUCCCUCAAUCGUCGUACACUGUGUGGAGGAAAAGCCGCAGGUGGUUGACGGCGUCAAGGUGCCGGUGGACAUGACGAAACCUAACCCCAACGACGUGGAGUUCGACAACCUGUAUCUGGACAUGAACGGCAUCAUCCACCCCUGCUGUCACCCCGAAAACAAGCCCGCACCCAAGAACGAGGACGAGAUGAUGGUGGACAUCUUUGAGUACAUUGACCGCAUCAUGAGCGUGGUGCGGCCCAGGAGGCUCCUCUACAUGGCCAUCGACGGCGUGGCGCCCCGUGCCAAGAUGAACCAGCAGCGCUCCAGGCGCUUCCGUGCGUCCAAGGAGACGGCAGAGAAGGUGGAGGAGAUGUCCCGCAUCCGGACGGAGCUGAGGGACAAGGGCAUCCCGCUGCCACCCGAAAAGCCCAAGAGCGAACACUUCGACAGCAACUGCAUCACCCCCGGCACUCCAUUCAUGGCCCGGCUGGCCAAGUGCCUGCACUACUAUGUGCACGACCGGAUGAACAACGACCCCGGCUGGAAGAACAUCGAGGUCAUCCUGUCGGACGCCAACGUGCCAGGGGAGGGGGAGCACAAGAUCAUGGACUUCAUCCGCAGGCAGAGGGCGAACCCAAAGCACGACCCAAACACCCACCACUGUCUUUGUGGAGCGGACGCCGACCUGAUUAUGCUGGGACUGGCUACACACGAACCCAACUUCACCAUCAUCCGCGAGGAGUUCAAGCCCAAUCAGCCGAGACCCUGCGAACUCUGCGGCCAGCUCGGCCACGAAAUGAAGGACUGCCAGGGUCUAGCCAAGGAGAAGACUGGAGAGUUUGACGAGCUGGAAAAGCCGAUUGGCUGCGAGACGGAGUUCAUCUUCCUUCGCCUCAACGUCCUUCGAGAAUAUCUGACAAGAGACCUCCACAUGGACAACCUCCCCUUCACAUUCAACAUUGAGAGGGCCAUCGACGACUGGGUGUUCAUGUGCUUCUUCGUUGGCAACGACUUCCUGCCUCACCUGCCUUCCCUGGAGAUCAGGGAAGGGGCCAUCGACAGACUCAUCACGCUGUACAAAAAGGCGGUGUACAAAACGGGGGGGUACCUGACGGAGAACGGCUUUGUUGCUCUGGAGAGAGUGCAGCUGAUAAUGUCGGAACUGGGCGAGGCCGAGGACGAGAUCUUCAAGCGUCGUCAACAGAACGAGCUCAACUUCAAACGAAGGAUGAAGGAGAAGAAGAAGAGGAUGAAAAUGGAAGCAGAGUCUGAAGCCAGGCCUGCAUGGACUCCACGUGGGCAGUUUGCACCAGUGGCUGUGGGCCAAGCGGUGGGUGCCACCCAAAACGCCCGUCGGGAGGCGUACGACAUGCGCCGGGAGGGCAUGGACCACCGCCGGAACCUGAGCACAGGGAACCUCGCAGCCAACGGACCCCUCGAGUCUAUGCUCAGACCCGUGCAGAGCGAGGGCGACGUUCAGGGGGUGAAGCGGAAGCACGAGGGUGACGACAGCUCCGACGAAGAAGAGCCGCACGACGAAGUCAGGCUGUGGGAAGACGGCUGGAAGGAGCGCUACUACGUGUCCAAGUUUGACAUCAACUCUGACAACGUGGCUUUCCGCCACGAAGUGGCCACGGCGUACGUGGAGGGCCUCUGCUGGGUCCUGCGCUAUUACUACCAGGGCUGCGCUUCCUGGAAGUGGUUUUUCCCGUACCACUACGCCCCAUUCGCCUCGGACUUCAUCAACGUUGGCGACAUCAAGAUCAACUUUGAGCGGGACACUCAACCUUUCAAGCCCAUGGAACAGCUGAUGAGUGUGUUCCCGGCUGCCAGCAAGCAGCAUUUGCCUCCUGCUUUUGGAGAUCUCAUGGAUGACCCAGAUUCACCCAUCAUCGACUUCUAUCCCAUAGAUUUUAAGAUCGACCUCAACGGCAAGAAAUAUGCCUGGCAAGGAGUGGCGUUGCUUCCAUUCGUGGACGAGAGGAGACUGUUGGAGACCGUCAAGACGGUCUAUCCGACGCUGACCGAGGACGAAGUGAAGCGGAACAUAAGGGGCGACGACGUGUUUUACGUCCGCAAGGGGCACCGAGGCUACAGCUACCUCUUGGGACUGUACGAAGCCUGCAAAGAUUUUAACAGGGAGUUUGACCUGGAACCGAAAUACUUUGGCGGUGUGGGUGGGAAGAUUCUGCUGAGUCACAGCGCUGUCGGCCCUGGAGACGAUGUGCAGUCGGUCAUACGGGGCCUGGACAACAUUCCCGACAACAGUGUUGUCUGCGUCCGUUUCCGGGAUCCCAAGUAUGGAAACGACUAUGUUUUCAAGGCAGAGCGGCUUCCAGGAGCAAAGGACCCCGACCGGGUGCUGAAGCCCGGGGACCUGACCCCGGACCAGAACCGCAACUGGCGGCCGCAGCUGGGCAUGGGGCCACGCCGGCAGAUGGCUUCCCUCGGCGACUCCGGACACCGCGCACUCGGGCACGCGGUGCGUUCGGCGGGAGGGUACAGCCAGGUGGCACCCCCGCACCAGCAGGACCGUGGCGGGGGCCGGUCCUGGGGCUACGGAGCCUCUAAUCAGGGCCAGUGGCAGCAGCCCGGAAGGCAGCAGUCAUGGGGCGGCCACCAGGGCGGCUACGACUCCAACUACCGGGGCAGCGGCAGGCCCGGAGCCGCGGCCUGGGGCUACCAGGGAGGGCAGCAGGGGCACCACGGAGGGGGCCGGGGGGGCCACGUCGGGCCCGGUUCGGGCUGGGGUCAGGGCUCUCAGAUCCCACGUUCGUUGCCUCCACCCCCACAGGAACACCGGCAGCAGGACUACCGGCAACACAACCGGCAUCCGACCUGGUAGCUGGCCGAAUCAGCGGAAGACGAAGAGUUUGCACCCUACCAUACUGGCUGUUAAUUCAUGUCCACACCAAUAAAGGAACAACAGAGAUGAAUUUUAACGCUUCAUCCA